AUGGCGCAAAUGUACAGUGCUACUUAUGUGCCACGAGGACCAACAACCCAGCCACAACACUGUUCACCUCAGCUCGGACUCAUUGUCCAAUGUCCAUACUGCGCUUCACAUUUCAAUUUUUCUCCACGCUUCAUUUACCCACAAAGAUGGCCACAAAAUGUCACAUACUCACAAGGGUCAAACUUCCAAUACAUCCAACCAUUCACUCAGUAUCUGAGUCCGCAAACCGGUGCACCGCCAACUUUCUAUCCAUCGACACCUCCAGCGUUUUAUAUAUUUGGUGUAAACCAAGUACAUCAGGAAAUAAGGGAUAAUACUAACAGUACACAAUAUGCUGUAAAUAUAAAUGAUAUGAUCGUUCAUCGAAUACGCGAUAUCCUUAUUGAUAUCUUAACUUCAUCCAUGUGUGCGUAUGGUGUUGGCGUUUCUCAGCUAAUGAUUUUGUUGAAACAGUCAUGUGAGAAAGACAAGAUAGUAUUGCCAUCAUCAGUAAUGCAUGGCUUCAUGGAUUUCUUGCGCAACGAAAUGACUGAUUAUGUUGAGGUUGAAGAUGAUCUUUGUCGUUAUCGCCAUCCAACGCUUCCUAUUCAAGAAGAAAGCAUUUCAAGUUCAUCAGUUUGUGAAGGAACGUCCGGUAACUCUGAAACGUCUCCUGCUGCUUUAGUCCCUUGGCAAGUUGACGUAAAAGGAACUUAUUCUGCAGAUAAUGUGAAAAAAGUCGUAUCCAAAGAACAAGUAAUGAAUGAAAAUAUUGCAUUGUCACUUAGCCUCACUGAAUUCCAUGGCAAUAAGAGCAAAGAGUUUUAUGGUGAAAUAGAACAUCGUAGCAAUGAUGAUACUAUAACUGACAAUGAUACUACAAUAAUUUCUGAUGAAGACAGAAAAUAUAAUGUAUUGCACGGACAUAUCGAAGCUAAUGCGAUUUCGGAGUGCUCAUAUAUGAGAAAUAAUCUAACAAAAAUUAUGGAGGAAUGGAAGAAAAUUUUUGUCGGUGACUUGAAAGAACUGAUUAGAUAUUUACGGAUGAUCGAUGAUUACUUUCAAGAAAACGAUAGCAAAUUUACUUUGUCAGGAUUCAAGGAAGUCUUUGGAGAAUUAAAUAAACGAUGGGAAUUUUGCGACAUUGAUUUGGUAGAGAUGGGUAUAAUAAAUAUGGUGCAGGGUACUGGUUGGAAUGAAGAACCUGUUCUUAUCGUCAAUCCCGUUGUCAGGAAAAUGGUAUUUCCAGAAGUGGCUGAACUUGCUAAGGAAAUCUAUAAUUUCCUGUCAAAAUUGUUACCAUCUGUGAAUUCUGUGAAAGUUGAAGUUAUUGUUCGCACAGUGAAUUUUGGUAUUAAUAACAAGAAAACGAUAGACGAGAAGUAUACUCUGCUGUGGGAAGUAUUCAGUGACUCUCAUUUUCAAAAUGUUUUUGUCGUUGACGUUUUACAAAAGCAAAAUAAAGAACGUGGUUUUGAUGUAAUGAUACGACUCAAUACGAACUUAAAUCUGUUCAGAAUAUUUAAUGAAUAA